AUGGGCUACACACCCAGCGCAUGGAAACUGGCCAGGGUAGUUUUCAUUCCGAAGGCGGGAAGAACGAGCUACACCAAGGCAAAGGAUUUCAGGCCAAUUAGCCUAACAUCGUUUCUCCUUAAGACAUUGGAGAAGCUGGUGGACGCGUAUCUGAGGGAGACAACUCUGUGGAGUCACCCUCUCCACAAGAAUCAGCACGCGUAUCGUUCGGGCUACUCCACCGAGACUGCUCUACAUCAGACGGUAGCGUUUAUUGAGGAGCAGCUGGAAAGGAAGGGCUACGCAGUGGGUGCUUUCUUGGACAUAGAGGGCGCCUUUAACAACACACCGCACGAGGUAGUGUGUGAGGAAGCCGCCAGAAAGGGUGUCCCAAUAAAGCUCGUUGAGUGGAUCCGGGGCAUGCUAGGGAGGCAUGUGAUGACUUCGCUGGGAACUGCAAAAGUCUCAGACGGUUUAUUAAGGGCACUGGACGAUAGAGGCUUCACUGCACAAGGCUACGCGGAUGACGUGGCAAUACUUGUGCGAGGCCCGUUCCUAGAGACGCUUCUAGAGCUCAUGCAGGGGGCACUGGAAGUUGUAGAAGAGUGGUGUCAGAGGACAGGGUUAGCGGUGAAUCCACUGAAAACCGGUCUUACUGUCUUCACUCGCAAAUACAAGGUGGGCAUCAUUGUGGGACCCACUCUUGGAGGAGUAAGAAGGACCUUUGGCCAGACUUGGGGCUUGAAACCGAGCAUGAUACACUGGAUCUACACAGCCAUACUUCGCCCCAGACUCACAUACGCAGCCGUAGUAUGGUGGACUAGGGUGCAAAAGAAAACAGCCAUAGUUGCGCUGGAACAUGUCAGGGCUCUGAUUUUGAGAGGGGCCCUGGGUGCUAUGGUUACGACACCAGUGGCGGCGAUGGGCGUAAUGUUCGGCAUCAAACCAUUUCAUCAGGUGGUGGUGGCUGCUGCAGCAACGGCGGCAUACCGUCUAAGAUGCGAACUAAAAUGGAAGAAGGGAGCCCGGCAUACGAGGCUGCCGGAAGACGUUCUGCUGGAUCCGAUAUUCGAGAUGCGACAGGACAGAAUACCUACUAUUCGGGCUUCUGAUAGGCGCUUCAAAGUGCAUAUACCGAGGCCGGAGGAGUGGGAAAAGGAAGGUGGAAACUUAGGGGCUCGAGUGCGUAGAGGAAAUGUCUGGUAUACGGACGGCUCCAAGACGGACACGGGCUCCGGGGCCGGCUUCUUUGGCAGUUGA